CAUUGAUUUGUCAGAAUAAUUGUGUGUGUGUUUGUGUGUAGAGAGAAAGCGAGAUACAUACGCAUGCGCGCUACAUUUACACUUCCGGGUUUGUCUUUAGUGGAAUGUAACAUUUCGCUUGUGAUGUAUCUAUGAAACUUGCUGCCCGGGCAGAGAAUAAAAGGGUGCUUAGCUGUAAUUAAAGCGACACGUUGUUUAAAGGCAAAAGAAAAGAGAAAAGUCUCUGCGAAUGAGACUGUCGCUAGACUCGCUCUAAUGGACUGAUGUUGCACUGUUGUGCCUUAUGACCGGACGGAACAGCAGCAUGACGCGCCUGAUGUUUCUAGCAGCCGCGGUGUUUCUCCUGUCCGCUCCUGCGAGCGCCUCUCAGGGGGACAAAGAGCCCGUCUAUCGCGACUGCGUCAAACAAUGCGUCCGGACCAACUGCACAGGGGCCCUACUGCGCGGAUUCCAGUCCUCUCAGCCUCCAUACAUGGCACUCACUGGCUGGACGUGUCGUGAUGACUGCAGGUAUCAGUGCAUGUGGACCACCGUGGGUCUGUACCAGGCAGAGGGCUACAGCAUACCACAGUUUCACGGGAAGUGGCCAUUUGCUCGUUUCCUGUGUUUUGAGGAGCCUGCGUCUGCGCUGGCAUCUCUGCUCAACGGUCUGGCAUGUCUGCUAAUGCUGCUGAGAUACCGCAGCGCCGUCCCUCGACAGAGCCCCAUGUUCCAUACUAUCACCGCAUUCUCACUGGUUUCCCUGAAUGCAUGGUUCUGGUAUGUGUCUCUGACCUUUGUCAGUUUUGACUAUGGGUACAACAUGGUUGCUGCUGCCACCAUAGGAUACAUUAUUCCAAAUAAAAACGGGAUUGGUAUUUCACAGUCUACUGCAAAAUAUCGAGGUCUGACUCUGGAGUUGAAUGUCCGAUUUUCGCAUUCCAGUCAAAUCAUCAUGAAUAACAUCAAGUCAUGA